UUCUCACUGCCCUGCGGUGUUUUGAACUGCCGUCUUACAGACGUCAUACAGCCCUUGAGGAAUAGUUUCUGCCUGGUGAGAUUGAAUGAUAGUUCUCAUUCACAAAGCCCUGGAUUCUAAGCAGGGACACACAGAAAUUACUUUUGCAGGUAAAUCAGCCCACCCAACCGAAGUGUAGAGAGCUUUGUUCCUUGGCUGACUUCUGUGCUCCAUGGAGAAGAGUGUUUUCCUGUGCUUGUCCUGAGGUGGAACUUCCUUGACAGCUCUCCCGUGUUACCGUGCCUCCCGGUCAUUUUCUUUUCUUUUCUCUCUACCUGCGCACUUUCAGUGUUAGAAACCUUUAAAUCAGUUAUUAUGGAAUUGCAAAAAAGAGAUCAAGUGACUCUUUCACUAUGCUGGUUUCCCUUGUGACCCAGACGAAGAAUCAAUUCAGAAUUCAGUGCCUCCCUUGGCAUUGCAAGACAGAACAGAAACUGUCACUUCCUAACAGCCUAGUCCUGGAGUAAAUUCAGUAUGAAGGAAAAAAGUGCUCCUGCGUGUUAGAACGUUGCCCAUGAGCUGGACCGAGGACAGGAAAAUCGGAUUUCUUCAAGCAGCCUCCCCUUGGAAAUGGAAUAUAUUUAAAAUCUUCUUUGCAGACAGUUGAAAUGUAUUAAUCAGAAUAAGCGAAGACUUAUUUUCCUUUUUAUUUUUUUUUUCAAAAUGAGCAUUAUUAUGAAGCCAAGAUCCCGAUCUACAAGUUCCCUAAGGACUGCAGAGGCAGUUUGUUUUGAUGUGGACAAUGGCACAUCUGCGGGACGGAGUCCCUUGGAUCCCAUGACCAGCCCAGGAUCUGGGCUAAUUCUCCAAGCAAAUUUUGUCCACAGUCAACGCCGGGAGUCCUUCCUGUAUCGAUCCGACAGCGAUUAUGACCUCUCUCCAAAGUCUAUGUCCCGAAACUCCUCCAUUGCUAGUGAUAUACAUGGAGACGACUUGAUUGUGACUCCGUUUGCUCAGGUCUUGGCCAGUCUGCGAACUGUACGAAACAACUUUGCUGCAUUAACUAAUUUGCAAGACCGAGCACCUAGCAAAAGAUCACCCAUGUGCAACCAACCAUCCAUCAACAAAGCCACCAUAACAGAGGAGGCCUACCAGAAACUGGCCAGCGAGACCCUGGAGGAGCUGGACUGGUGUCUGGACCAGCUAGAGACCCUACAGACCAGGCAUUCCGUCAGUGAGAUGGCCUCCAACAAGUUUAAAAGGAUGCUUAAUCGGGAGCUCACCCAUCUCUCUGAAAUGAGUCGGUCUGGAAAUCAAGUAUCAGAGUACAUAUCAAACACAUUCUUAGAUAAGCAACAUGAAGUGGAAAUUCCAUCUCCAACUCAGAAGGAAAAGGAGAAAAAGAAAAGACCAAUGUCUCAGAUCAGUGGAGUCAAGAAAUUGAUGCACAGCUCUAGUCUGACUAAUUCAAGUAUCCCAAGAUUUGGAGUUAAAACUGAACAAGAAGAUGUUCUUGCCAAGGAACUCGAAGAUGUGAACAAAUGGGGUCUUCACGUUUUCAGAAUAGCAGAGUUGUCUGGUAACCGGCCCUUGACUGUUAUCAUGCACACCAUUUUUCAGGAACGGGAUUUAUUAAAAACAUUUAAAAUUCCAGUAGAUACUUUAAUUACAUAUCUUAUGACUCUCGAAGACCAUUACCAUGCUGAUGUGGCCUAUCACAACAAUAUCCAUGCUGCAGAUGUUGUCCAGUCUACUCAUGUGCUAUUAUCUACACCUGCUUUGGAGGCUGUGUUUACAGAUUUGGAGAUUCUCGCAGCAAUUUUUGCCAGUGCAAUACAUGACGUAGAUCAUCCUGGUGUGUCCAAUCAAUUUCUGAUCAAUACGAACUCUGAACUUGCCUUGAUGUACAAUGAUUCCUCAGUCUUAGAGAACCAUCAUUUGGCCGUGGGCUUUAAAUUGCUUCAGGAAGAAAACUGUGACAUUUUCCAGAAUUUGACCAAAAAACAAAGACAAUCUUUAAGGAAAAUGGUCAUUGACAUUGUACUUGCAACAGACAUGUCAAAACACAUGAAUCUACUGGCUGAUUUGAAAACUAUGGUUGAAACUAAGAAAGUGACAAGCUCUGGAGUUCUUCUUCUUGAUAAUUAUUCUGAUAGGAUUCAGGUUCUUCAGAAUAUGGUGCAUUGUGCAGAUUUGAGCAACCCAACAAAGCCUCUCCAACUGUACCGCCAGUGGACGGACCGGAUAAUGGAGGAGUUCUUCCGCCAAGGAGACCGAGAGAGGGAACGUGGCAUGGAGAUAAGCCCCAUGUGUGAUAAGCACAAUGCGUCUGUGGAAAAAUCACAGGUGGGCUUCAUAGACUAUAUUGUUCAUCCCCUCUGGGAGACAUGGGCAGACCUCGUCCACCCUGACGCCCAGGACAUUUUGGACACUUUGGAGGACAAUCGUGAAUGGUACCAGAGCACAAUCCCUCAGAGCCCCUCUCCUGCACCUGAUGACCCGGAGGAGGGCCGGCAGGGUCAAACUGAGAAAUUCCAGUUUGAGCUAACUUUAGAGGAAGAUGGCGAGUCAGACACAGAAAAGGACAGUGGCAGUCAAGUGGAAGAAGACACUAGCUGCAGUGACUCCAAGACACUUUGUACUCAAGACUCGGAGUCUACUGAAAUUCCCCUCGAUGAACAGGUUGAAGAGGAAGCAGUAGGGGAAGAAGAGGAAAGCCAGCCCGAAGCCUGUGUCAUAGAUGAUCGCUCUCCUGACACGUAACAGUGCAAAAACUUUCAUGCCUUUUUUUUUAGUAGAAAAAUUGUUUCCAAAGUGCAUGUCACAUGCCACAACCAUGGUCACACCUCACUGUCAUCUGCCAGGACAUUUGUUGAACAAAACUGACCUUGACUACUCAGUCCGGCGCUCAGGAAUAUUGUAAUCAGUUUUUUCACCUCCAUAUCAUCAGAGCAAGGUGGACAUCUUCAUGAACAACAUUUUAACAAGAUUUCAGCUUAGUAGAGCUGACAAAGCAGAUAAAAUCUACUCCAAAUUGUUUUCAAGAGAGUGUGGCUCAUCAGGUGGCCCAAAAGUUGAUUGGAUUUGGGGUUUGUUUUUUUUGUUGGCAGUAUUUUCAGAAGAAAGGCAUUGCACAGAGUGAACUUAAUGGACAAAGCAACAAAUAUGUCAAGAACAGGACACAGCAUGAAUCUGUUACCAGAGGAGGAGGAUGAGCCACAGAAAUUGCAUAAUUUUCUAAUUUCAAGUCUUCCUGAUACAUGACUGAAUAGUGUGGUUCAGUGAGCUGCACUGACCUUUACAUUUUGUAUGAUAUGUAAAACAGAUUUUUUUGUAGAGCUUACUUUUAUUAUUAAAUGUAUUGAGGUAUUAUAUUUAAAAAACUAUGUUCA